AUGGACAGGCCGGGGUCUCUGGUGGGAGCUGCUGGUAGCGUUAAAGGAGAGAUCCCCGGAAGGGCCACCAGGGAAGGGUCCGGAGGGGGCCGAGGCUCGGAGGCCGACUCCAGACUGCCCCCUAGGGUAGCUGUGUUUCAAGGCUUUGGGCCUCCGUUGCACUCCGGGGGCAACGUCAUUCCCAGUACUAAUUCCAGCCGGCCCUCCGACGGAGUAGUGACCCGCGGUUCCUGGCCGAGUCAACACCCUGGGGAGGUGGUUGGCCAUAGCUUUGGGCCCAGCAUCGCCCCUAGUAGAGUCAACGCCCCCGGUAGAACUGGGGCGUCCAGCCCCGAGCCCGGGGGGCUUAGCCCGGGGUGCAGUGGACACUCGGGAUCUACCAGCUUGCAUAGUUGUGAGGACCGGCCUCGGGGCAUCCUAAAAAACAGCAGCUCCACAGUAGUGCAGAAAUCACCCUCUGUGGAGAAGAAGUCUCAGCACUGGGAUGAGAUGAACAUCCUGGCUACCUACCACCCUUCUGACAAAGACUAUGGUUUUAUGAAGGUGGAUGAGCCAGGAACCCCCUACCACAGGAUGCAUGACAGUGAUGAGGACCUAUCGGCAGGGCCCUCCUUCAAGUUGACUCCGGAAGCACUAUCAGAGAAGUUUGCAACAAUGGACAAUUUCCUCCCCAAGGUCCUCCAGUAUGGUGAUAACAGAAGCUCAAGAACCACAGAUAAUUUUUCCAAGACACACUCCAAUGACUUUGACAAACAUCGCAAGAUACACUACAAUGAAGGAAAGUUUCUCAAGGCUCAGAAAAACCUGCCUUUGGACAGUGACAUGGACAACAGUGAAAGUAGUUCUGGCAUUGGUAGUGGUAUUCAAGGUGUGAUGAUAAAUCCAAAGCCCAAGCCUGUGGAGAAAGACUGGACAAAAAGACUAACCAGAGAAGUCAAAGAUAAGACUGUCCCAGGGACUUCAAGUCACAUCGGACAUGCCAACGAUUCUUCUGCCUAUGGAAGUCAGUUCCCCAAAGCUUCAACCCCCAUCCUUAUAGAGCAGAGUAUCAGCCAGCAACGUAAGGAAUAUUACAGCAAAGGAAGAUACCUGAGGUCCUGCUCCCACCCAGAGAUUAAAGAGGACACAGAAGAUGAGCAGGACAACUCUACAGGUUUGCCCAUAAGCACUGAGGUACGUCUGUUGGACCAUACAGGAAGUACCUGCAGAGAACACAAGGUCACUGAAGACUCCAUGGAUAUGGGAAUGACAACAUUGCAGCCAGAUGAAACCCUGCGGCCCCAAUGGACUCUGGAAAAGGAAACCAGACCAUGGAAGAUGUAGCUUGAUUGGGGUGGGGGUAAGGGUAAGGGCAAUCUUCCCCUGCUCUCGCUGCCCUAAGGAUAGACAAUAAAGAGAAGAAGAUCAGGAAUGUAGGUGCUGCGAAUUGAGUACCCAGGCUGGACCUGCUGCUCCGUUAAAGAAUAGAGUUUUUUCAAAGGUGUUCACACAGAGAAAAUCAGAAAAGCAGAUCAGAGAGAAGAAAGCUGGGAAUAGUCCAGAGACUGUACUCAAUGAGAAAUAGGAUCAAGCCAAGCAUGGUGAUGCAAACUUGUAAUCCCAGAACAGGAGACUGAAGAGG